AUGGCGAGAGCGCAGCCCUGCACCCCCCUCCCUGCCAGGACCGAGUACCAGUACUUUGGAAAUCGGAGGCCGGCGCUGAGCCUGUCCAACCCCAAUGCCCUGCGGGUGCUGGCGGGGCUGGGUGGCGGCGGACUAGUGGUGUAUGUGGUGGCCCAACAGGAGGUGCCCUACACCGAGCGGCGGCACGCCAUCCUGAUCUCCCAGGCCGCAGAGCGCGAGCUGGGCAGGCAGACCUACCGCCAAGUCCUGGAGGAGGCCAGGGCGGAGGGCAGUCUGGUGCCCAGCCACCACCCGGCCACCAAGCGGGUACAGCGCGUGGGCUCCCAGAUCGCUGCGGCGGUGAACCGGGGCCUGCUCGGGCUGGUGUCCUCUGACGAUGAGCUGGCCGCCGUGCUGGCGCAUGAGUGCGCACACGUCCUGGCUCGGCACGCCGCUGAGCGCAUGACGCAGGGUGGUGUGGUUAGCGUGAUCCAGAUGAUAGCUUACUGGGGCUUCGGCAUCCCUCUUCCAUCAGACCUUCUCGUCCCUGCUUUCUUCCUUCCCAAUUCAAGGCACGGCAAGGGCCUGCUGGCAGCACAGGCAUGCUACGAUCCCGCCGCUGCGGCAUCUGUGUUCCAGAAACUGGGCGCUGCUGAGAAGAAGAUGGGAGGGACCGCCAUGCCCAAGUUUCUCCGUACCCACCCCCUGUCAGACGAGCGGGUGGCUCGCAUCAAAGAGGAGCUGCCCAAGGCCCUCGGCAUGUAUGAGCUGGCGGGGUGCGGCUCCCUCCGAGGCCGGGCAGGGGGCCUCUUCUCAGGCCUUGGCGAUGGAGGCUGGCGAUGA